CACUGGCUGGCAGCACUGACUGGCACUGAUGGGUGACACUGAAAGGCAGCUCAGAUGGGCACUGAUAUGUGGCAUUGAUGUGCACUGGUAGGCACUGAUAUGUGGCAUUAAUGUGGAACUGAUGGGCACUGGCAGGUGGCAUGGAUGAGCACUGAAAGCUGGCACUGAUGGACACUGACAGGUGGCACAGCUGAGGCUACACAGAUCAUCAGGGCACACCGAUCAUCAGUGCCCGGAUGAUCAGUGCACAUGUCCCCUCUGAGGGAUGCCGAUUAUGGGCUCUGCUCUCCUCUCGAGCUGUCAGUGUAACAGCUCGUGAGGAGAAAAAUGCCGAUAACCGGCAUUUCCUUGUUUACAUGCGAUCAGGUGUGCACCGAUCGCACUCCCAG